AUGGUACAGUUCAUGUGCGAUGUAUUGAAUGAAAAAUCUGGCCAUUAUUGUCGAUCAAAUUCUAAAGACGACCGACGAACUAAUUUGUCAGGUUCCACACGUAUCAUACGUGGUGGUGGAUCGCGUUUUCCAUACAAUACGUCAUUAUCAUAUACACGUCAUACUGUUAAUCGACGCCGUGAUCACGGCUACGAUUAUAUAGGAGGAGCUCUUUCACCUGAAAAAUUGCACAAAGAUUUUUCUUUGAGUAGUCACGAAUUGAAAAUUUUCGGAGAUGCUGUAAAGGGUAUUAAAGUACGUAUUUCGCAUCGGGCAGGAGUUAUCCGCGUUUAUCGCAUCAACAGUCUCCAGCUACCAGCUGAUCAACUAUGGUUCCAAGGCAAAGACGAAAAUGGUAAGGAACGUCGUAUGACUGUGGCAGAUUAUUUCAGUGAACGUUACAGUGAGCUGAAAUAUCCAAAACUACCGUGUGUUCACGUAGGUCCGGUGACUCGUAACAUCUACUUUCCCUUGGAAGUUUGUGUGUUGGAUACUCCACAGAAAUGUAACAAAAAAUUGAACGAGAAGCAAACUUCUGCGAUUAUUCGAGCCGCAGCUGUUGACGCAGUUUCCCGUGAACAGUGUAUCGUUUCACUGUGUGAACAAGCAAACUUCACACAUGAUCCAUUUUUACGUGAAUUUGGUUUGCAAAUUAGUCCGAAAAUGUGUGAAACAGUUGCUCGCGUCUUAACUCCUCCACGAAUUCUUUUUGGGGAAAAUAAUCGUCGAAUGGACCCCGUGGUCAUUCCCAAAGAUGGAGCUUGGUCUUUGGACAACCAACAACUUUAUGUACCGGCUAUUUGCCGUAGCUAUUCGAUGAUUGCUAUGGUCAGUCCACGUGAGCAAAACCACUUGCAGACAUUUUGUCAAGCCUUAACUCAAAAGGCAAGUCAAAUGGGAAUGGAAUUUCCAAACUGGCCUGAUUUGGUGAAGUAUGGUCGAAGUAAAGAAGACGUUGUAAUUAUGUUCAACGAAAUUGCCACGGAGUAUAGGCAAACAGGAACUACGUGUGACAUCAUCAUUGUUGUUUUACCAGCCAAAAAUGCUGAUCUUUACCUAACGGUGAAGGAAUGCAGUGAUAUGGUACACGGAAUAAUGUCGCAGUGUAUUCUUCUGAAAAAUGUAAUACGUCCUUCACCUGCGACAUGUUGCAAUAUCAUCUUGAAAAUGAAUAUGAAACUUGGAGGGAUUAAUUCUCGUGUUGUUGCUGAUUCCGUCACGCAAAAGUAUCUCGUCGAUGUGCCAACCCUUAUAAUUGGCAUUGAUGUGACGCAUCCUACGCAGCAUGAGGAACGUCAAAAUAUUCCAUCUAUAGCUGCUGUUAGUCUUGAUUUUAUUAUGCUAGCUUGA